UCGUCGGAAAAUUCCGACGACCCAUGUUUCGACGGAAUUCCGUCGGAAAUGGCCGACGGAAUUCCGACGACUUCAAAUUUUUGGUUUUCGUCGGAAAUCGGUCGGUAAACCGUCACAAACGUCCGACGACAUUGAUUCCGUCGGAAUUCGGCGUGUUUUCUUGUAGUGAUCCUCCCUAUAAAUAAGGAACUUGAAUCUCCAUCUUCCUCAAACUAACCACCUCAAGAAAUACUCAGCCUCAUAUAUCGAACACAUCAAUGGCCUCCUUGGACGCUAUUAACCGCCCGACACCAACUCCAGACCAUGACACGACUGUCGUAUCGUUGUCUUUCUCUCUAGGUUGCGUUAUGUUCUUGGCGUUUCUAGUGUUUGUCAUUUGUUUCAUGAUCAAGAAGAAAUGCAAGAAGAACAGUAAUAAAAGUGAGAUAGUUCGUGUCGAUGAGCACUAUAAGAUGAACGAAGCUAUAGUCGAGGGACCUCAUGGACCAGAGGCAGUGGUGCUAUCUGUUGAGGAUGAUGUUCAUAUAGAAGAUUUAGUCAAAAAAGGGGAGAAAAAAUGGGAAAAGACGGUGUAGUUGGAUCUUCCCGUUCUUAAAUGAGCUUUCGCUCAUAAGGCCAUCUUUAUCCAGCACCUCAUUAGCGGAUGCUUAUUUUUAAUUUUUUUUUUUUUUAUCUGAUUGAAAAAAAAAAUUAAAAAACAAAACCAAUC